AUGGCUUCCAUUAAUGUUUUGUCAUUCAUGAUACCACUUCUUGUACUCGUAACUUUUUCAUCAAUGACAAAUGUUGAAGGAGCACGUAACCUUCAAAACAUGCAUGAAGUUUCCAAAGUUGAAUUGCCAACACUACUACCAUUACCAACUCUACCAACACUACCUACUCUACCUGCAUUGCCACCACAGCCACAAUUGCCAGAAAUUCCAAACCUAGGUGUUCCAAUCCCUGCUAUCCCUGUUGUACCAACUGUCCCUAAGGUUCCUGAAAUUCCUCAGAUUCCUAAGCCAGAGUUGCCUACUGUUCCAUCUGGCCCUAAAGCAUAA